AUGUCCCGCUGCGAAUCGCAUGCCAUAGGCACCAGGAUAGUACAAGAAGAGGCUGCGCACUUGCUGGGCGACGCAGCUACUGCCUCGGAUCAGUUCACAGGCAGCCCAGGAUUCCUGGCAACCGUUGCCGCAAGUUGCGGCCCGCAACCGUUGCGGCAACGGGAAGACGACAGCUGCGGCGAAAAACACCACCAAGUGAUGUCUCCAAAUCCGCGACCUCAUCACGAUCUGGAUCGAUGUAUCAAGCGAUGUGAAGUCACCAGUCGCGCGUCGGUCGCCCAGCGCGAUUGGCCUGCUCACGUUGCAGACCGCGUUCAGGCCGACAAGGGAUAA